GUAAAGUUUCUUUUGAAAUAUUGCAAUAUUGUGUUUGUGAAGAUCUGAGGAUGGUGAGUGUAAUUGUCAAGGUUGCACUAUUGCUGCAUAUUCUUCAAUUGAUCGCAGAAGCAGCUGACCAGUCGCCGUGUCCUAAGUACUUCCGGUAUAUUUCGGAUUCUAUCAGAGAUGAAAUCAUUGGUUUUGUUGAGAUACGAUCGCCACCGAAAGGAAUUCCUUUGACACUUACUGUCAAAUUGAGCAUUGCUGUUGCAUUGCCAUCGAAAUAUGUUGGUAAAUUAGAAUUGGCACAGCCAAAGGAGCAAUCGAUUAAAGAAGUUAUGCAGGGCAGGCCUUUAUAUUAUAAAAUCCAUUUUCCACUUCCUUGGCCUAUACCCAUUUUAAAUGGUUUAUGGUUUAACAACGAACAUAUUUGUUCAGGUCCACGCGCAAGCGGACCAAUAGUCACGUCCAUUGUCUUAAAUCACACGCUAUACCCACCUUCUUUAGAGCUCAAUUUCGAUUCAAAUAUUCCCAUUAAUUUUCCUCAGCCCUUGCCAAACUUUCCAUCCAUUCAAAAUAAACCAUCGAUGGUAUAUCAGCCAACCGUCACUCCACAACCAUCACCUGUGCCAAUUAUCAACAACCAAAAUAACGUGGAGUGUGGUAGAAGCAGCAAUAACAAGUUCAAUCUUCUAGUGGCUGGAGGAAUGAAUGCAUCUCCGGGUCAGUGGCCCUGGCUGGUUGCAAUUUUUGUCGUCAAAAAGAAUUUCGAGUUCCAAUGCGCGGGAACAUUGGUCACUAAUAAGCACAUUAUUACAGCUGCACAUUGUUUGCUAAUAGACAGUAUUAAUUUACCUCCCAAUACAUUGAUAGUAUCCUUGGGACGCUAUCACCUUCGAGAAUGGUUUGAAAAGGGUUCUGUAAAUCGAGAAAUAGCAGCAUACCAGCUCCAUCCUAAUUAUGACAAAAAGGGCAAUGCUGAUGCGGAUUUGGCAGUAUUGAAUCUGAGAGAGAAAGUGGAAUAUAAUGAUGUAAUCAGACCAAUCUGUCUUUGGACAGGACCUGCGCUUCUUGCCAGUGUUGUAGGAAAAUCUGGAUACGUGGUCGGAUGGGGACGUGAUGAACAUGGGAACCGCCAUCUCCAAGAGCCUCGACAGAUCAAAGCUCCCAUUGUACGUCAGGAGGAUUGUCACUGGAGCAACUCAGAUUUCGUCUUGUUCACUUCGAACCGGACGUUUUGUGCAGGUUUAAGAAAUGGAAGUGGUCCUUGCAACGGUGAUAGCGGAAGCGGUUUUGUGAUGUACGAUGCUAAAACGGAUCGUUACUAUUUGCGAGGAAUCGUUUCGAGAUCCUUGCUGAAUAGAACCACUAUGUCUUGUGAUUUAAACCAGUAUAUAGUUUACGUGGACGUUGCACAACAUUUGGAAUGGAUACGAAAUAUGAUCUCCUUGUAGAAUAAUUUUUUAUAAUCUGUAACUGUAAAUAUGUUAGUCGAUUAAUUUUUGUAUAUAAGUUAUUAUUUUAUAAUUUAAAUAAUUUGCUUAUAAUCUAUAGAAUAAUACCAAAUAACGAGUCGAUUGAUGAUAAUUUAAUCUUUCGUGACUAUAAAACGUAAAGUUUAAAAGCAGUAUAUGCAAUAUUUUUGGACUGUUUAUAUUAUUUUGGACUGUGCUUUUUAUA